ACGUAGAAAACCAUUCUUAUCGUUGCCCGCAGAAACACAUCCUCUUUCGGUAUUCAAGCACUUGAUCAGAGCUAUAUAGCCUUGUCUCCACCUGAAGCACCAUCCCCCACAAACCAUCCCUUGGACUUCAGAUCUGCACUCGUCCUCGGUCUCUUCUUCUUCCGAACCGAAGAACAUGAAUCACACCCGCAACCCCCCCAAUCCCCUGUCUGAAAAAGAGACAAACCCCUUUUCCCAAGAACCACCAUCAAACGAGAUGGACACCAACCCAUUUCACCAGGAACCACCAUCAAACGAGAUAGGUACCAACCCAUUUCACCAAGAACCGCCAUCCAGGGAGAUGGACACCAACCCAUUUCACCGAGAACCAUCCUCGCUGAGAGGAUCGCCUCCUCUCUAUCCACCCGUACCUGCUUCCGCACCAACAGAUGAAAGAAACCCUUUUCACCAAGAGCCGAAAGAACCGCAAUCUCACCGCCCUUCCGCAUCCCUUCCUCCCCCGGCAGAAGAAACAACACUCGCGGUUCGCCGCGAGCCAUCGUCGGAAAGCAUCCCAGAGAAUGGAUCUCCUCCUCCUCCUCCGCCGCCGCCAUAUGUUGCUUCAUGUUCUUCUUCAUCGCAACCUCCCUGUGCGGCGGAGAGUGCGGAGAAAUGGGGGACUCAUGUGAUGGGGACACCGGCUGUUCCCACGAUUCACCCUGACAACAAGAAGGCUGCCUUCUGGGGAGCCACCGAGGCUCAAGCUCAGUCCCAUCAUCACCCUUAUCUCCAGUACAAUCCGAUUGAAAGAUCAUCAGGCUCAAGUGGUAGGCCUAUGGAGAACAUUCUGCAUAUGUUCAACUCAUGGAGUCAUAAGGCCGAGAACGUAGCCACCAACGUUUGGCAAAACCUGAAAACUGGCUCAUCUGUGUCCGGAGCUGCAUGGGCGAAGGUCAACUUGAGAGCCAAGGCCAUCACAGGAGGGGGGUUUGAGUCUCUUUACAAGCAAACUUUCGCAACCUAUCAUAAUGAGAUGCUCAGGAAGACUUUCGCAUGUUACUUGUCCACGACGACCGGACCAGUCGCCGGGACUCUCUAUCUCUCUAACUUUCACGCUGCGUUCUGUAGCGAUCGCCCCUUAUCCUUCACGGCCCCGUCCGGUCAGGUCACUUGGAGCUACUACAAGGUGAUGGUACCCCUAGGCCAAAUUGGCGCAGUAAACCCCGUGGUGAUGAGAGAGAAUCAAUCAGAGAAGUACCUUCAGAUUGUUACAUUCGACGGGCACGAUUUCUGGUUCAUGGGCUUUGUCAAUUACGAGAAGGCGACUCGCCAUCUGACAGAGAGCAUCUCCACUUUCGCAGCACCCGGAGUUGCUGUACCACAGCUGCUACCGCCACCACCUCCGCCACCACAUGCUGCAUAAGAUUCUCUCCCGGAAUACUUCCUUUAUAUGAUAUUAUGAUUUUCUCCGGGUCUUGUUUAUCAUAUUCCAGAGUGCCAUUUUCUUCCCUAGUUUUCGCUUCUGGUCGAAUUGUUCGUCAGAGUUUAAUUCACUGUAUUUUAGCCCUACGAAUUCCAUAUACGGAGGCACUAUGGAUGCUUCUUCCCAAUUCCCGAUGCGGGAUGGAAUUUACAGAGAAAUUUCUG